GGGAAUUGCAAGUGCUCGAGAGAGAUUUCUAACGCUCGCCACGUGGAGAUCUCCCAACGAGGCAUCUACCCUCGACUCGAGUCCUUUUUUAUGAACAUUUUGGCGUUUUAAUUGUAAAAUGGAUCUUCUGUGCUGUGAGACAACGGAAACGGAGUGCAGGGCUUAUGCUGAUCCAGCAUUACUGGGGGAUGAGAGGGUACUUCAGAAUCUUUUGAAGACUGAGGAACGGUACGCCCCUAGUAGCUCGUACUUUGAGUGUGUCCAGAGGGACAUUUCACCGCUCAUGCGCAAAAUGGUCGCUGAGUGGAUGUUGGAGGUGUGUGAGGAACAAAAGUGCCAGGCUGAAGUGUUUCCCCUGUCGAUGAAUUAUUUGGACAGAUUUUUAUCAAUCUGUCCGAUCAGAAAGUCACAAUUACAAUUACUCGGUACCGCCUGUCUCCUCCUGGCAUCUAAACUACGAGAAACGCGGCCAGUUACAGCUGAGAUUCUUGUCUUCUACACCGACAAUUCCAUCACACUUGAUGACCUAUGGAGGUGGGAACAGCUCGUCGUGUCAAAACUCAAGUGGGAAUUGUCGGCAGUUACACCCGGUGACUUUCUUCUUCACAUACUGAGUCGUCUGCCCAUUGAUUCACUAGCGUGGGACUCACUCAUGGUCAGGAGACACGCACAGACAUUCAUCGCUCUCAGUGCCAGAGAGUACAAGUUUUCCAUGUACACACCCAGCAUGAUUGCAGCGGCAAGCGUCGCGGCUGCUCUUCAUGGGCUCGAUUGGACGGGAAAAAGUGGUUAUGGACUCUCUGGACUGCUCGAUGAGCUCACCCGCAUCACUGCCAUUGAACAGGAUUACCUGCAGGGAUGCUUCGAACAGAUCGAGGAGAUGGUCGCCCAAGCGAGAAAUACGAAUCACCAAUCGUCAACGACAAAUACAAUGGGAAUGAGUGCACCAACAAGGCCGUUGGGGGAACAGAACACGAGCCAGGACAAAAUGAUGGAGCACGAGAAAGCGGGCACCCCAACUGACGUCAGGGAUGUCCACUUUUGAGCCCUGGCUCGUUGUUAUCAAGUUGACGUUGUUUUUUCAAUGAUUACGAUCCACCAAGAGGAUGAUAGCACUUGCGAGAAAUGGAGGAUAUCUGGGGAGAUGCACGAGGGACCCCGAGGGACUCUGCAACGUCUAGAAGAGGAUUGCAACGUCUCCUGAAAUUUCUUGAGUGAAAUUGACGAAUUAUUCUCUUUUAUCGACCAUAAUCUUCUCUAUUUUGAUUAUUGAACCGUUGAGAAUAAGUCGGGAGACGUUCUGGGGGAAGGCAAUGCAAUACGCUUUACGCAUUAGUUAAAUACACUUAAUUUUUAGCAAUAACGAAUGAUUACAUUUUACGGAUGAAUCCAGAACGAGAAAAACGAUUGUAAUUAUUUCACGUCACGAAUUUUCGACGAAUGGGGAGAGGUGAGAGGGAGCGAUAAAUGUUUAUAGGUAAUGAGAUGAGACCAAUAAUCAUAAGAAUGAAUAAAUAUAGUCAUACCCGAGUCAACUAGCGUUUUGUACAUAUGUGAGAGAGGAUUUUUUUUAUAUUCACACAAACUGCUAAUGGUUAGUUAUUAAUGCAUCAAUAUUUUCCUUCUCCAUCUCGUUUUACUUCGGUUUUUUAAGUCGAUUUGUAUCAAUGAGCGUCCGAAAAAACGAUUCGAUUUAGUGUGUGGAGGAGUGCGUGUGAAUGAGUGUUUCAUUAAAAUCAUAAGUCGAAGGAAAACGUGAAAAUAAAAUAAAUAAACGUUGAAGCAAGGAAGAAGUUUAAAUUUGCCUGCGGAUUUAUUUUUUUUUACUUCUUGUUUUGUGAAGAAAGUCCGUGGAAAGUUGGCAGUUCACAUCCACGUUAAAUAUAUAUUAUAUUUUUGUAAAGAAAAGAGAUGAACAAAUUCAGUUUCUUUUGUCGUGUUGAAAAAUCGGAGGUUGCCGUUUUGUAAAUAUUUAUAGUAUAUAGAGAUGUUCUUAUUGGAAGAAAAAUUCUUUUUCUCGUUUUUUAAGUAUGUAAGGAACAAUGUCGGAGAGUGAAUGGGGGUGUGAUUAUGCCGGCAAGAUCUGAAGGGGUUUCUUGGUUCAUUGAGCGUAACGUUUGCCCAAUGUCUGGAAAAACUGGUUAGUACUUAAUGAGAAAAAAAUAUUGUAGACGACGAAUUCUAGAAAAAGUGUAACAUAGAGUGGAAUGCUGGGUUGAACGCUUUCUUAUUUUUUUUUUUAGUCAAUGGAAUACGUCGUCUGCGUGUCCCUGCAUUCGUGGAUGAUUUUUUUUUUAAGUUAGAUUACAUUGUCAAUAACCAAAUUGUAGUACAAUCUAGGCGCGAGUAAUGUAAGAAUUCUGGAGAUGUCCGAUCGAGCACUGCCUGUUUGAUUAGCAGCCCGGAGAGAUGCGAAACAAUGCAUUUACGUGUUAUGUCAUUUACUGAUUUCAAUUGUAUUUUUUUUCUGCGUUUGUAAAUUGAAUUAUUCUGCAUUUAUUAUAAUUUUUAUGAAAAUGAGGAUGCGGUACGAAAGGAGAUUGUUUUUUUGUUUUUUUUUAAUGAUUUUUUUUAUGGUUUGGUCAGUUUUGGGAGGAGUGGUGGAAGGAGAUGAGUUCGGUUUGUUAUUUGGUUGACAUCUUUGAAAUUGCUGAGUUUAGAGAGAAAUCCCUUCAUAUUUCCGCCUAAAUCUCUCAUUUUUAUAGAUAUUAUCAUAAAAAUAUGGUUUUUUUGGAAAUUAUUUGAAAACUAUAGCUGAAAUAAAUGACUUUAACCUCAGAAAAAUGAGAAGUGAACAAAAGACUUCAGAGAAAAAUGUCACAAGUUCAUUGUUCCAUGAAAAAGGUGAAAUGAAAGGUGUAAUUUCCGUUUAAAACUCUCAAUUUCAACGAUAUUUACAAAACAAUAUUCAAAUUUUCAUCACUUUUCGUCACUUCAAAACUAGAUUAAAUAUUGAUUUGAAAUUUCGUUUAGUUUCUCCUUCUUCAGUCGUACUACACUCACUCAUAGUCGAAUCAAACUUGAAUGGUUAACUUUUAUUUGAAAUUCGAGAAUACCAUACUGUCACAAGUGCUUUCGUUCAGUCUCUGCUGUUGUAAAAACCAAUCAGUUAACCAUGCAAUAGAACCACUGAUAUACCUCAAACCUCGCACAAAAAAAUGUUCACAAGAUUCCCGAUUAUCGUCUGAUCGUGAAGAAACGAUUUUAGCCACUGGAAUCACAAUAACUAUUUUUUUUUACGUAGCAUACUUUAAUACUAUUAUUAUUUUUUAAUGAUAACCACAAACUUGUAAUAUGUAGAACCCCAAACACUUUUGUACAUAUCAAUGUGCGUUAACGAUUUGCGCAUAGUCGAUUGAGAAUAAAGUAUUGGUAUUUUAUACAACCAAA